AUGCCAUUAUCAACAUUGUUAGAUGAACAUAUAAUCAAAACCAAGGAAAAACUUAACAAUUGGAAUUAUAAAUUUUACUGCAAAGCGUGCAUUGAAAAAUUGGGCGAGGAUGAAGGAAAAAAAACUUCUUUCCCUAACAAAACCGACAGGAUAGUCCAGCAUCUCAAAAAAUGUAAUUAUUUCAUUGAAAAAACGACACCAGAACAGAGAGAAGAAAUUUUCAGUUUAUCUGAUGAUCAAAAAAAACAACCAA